AUGGGCAUCGGCAUGGGCAUCGGCAUCGGCAUGGGAAUGGGAAUGGGCAUGAGCAUGGGCAUGGGAAUGGGCAUCAGCAUGGGGAUGAGCCUGGGAAUGGGCAUGGGAAUGGGCAUGGAGAUGGGCAUCAGCAUGGGGAUGGGAAUGGGCAUCAGCAUGAGCAUGGGCAUGGGCGUGGAGAUGGGCAUGGGAAUGGGCAUCAGCAUGGGGAUGAGCCUGGGAAUGGGCAUGGGAAUGGGCAUGGAGAUGGGCAUCAGCAUGGGGAUGGGAAUGGGCAUCAGCAUGAGCAUGGGCAUGGGCGUGGAGAUGGGCAUGGGAAUGGGCAUCAGCAUGGGGAUGAGCCUGGGAAUGGGCAUGGGAAUGGGCAUCAGGAUGGGGAUGGGAAUGGGCAUGGAGAUGGGCAUGGGAAUGGGCAUCAGCAUGGGCAUCGGCAUCGGCAUGGGAAUGGGCAUCAGCAUGAGCAUGGGAAUGGGCAUGGAGAUGGGCAUGGGAAUGGGCAUCAGCAUGGGGAUGAGCCUGGGAAUGGGCAUGGGAAUGGGCAUGGAGAUGGGCAUCAGCAUGGGGAUGGGAAUGGGCAUCAGCAUGAGCAUCAGCAUGGGGACGGGCAUGGGGAUGGAGAUGGGGAUGGGCAUGGGAAUGGGCAUGGAGAUGGCCAUCAGGAUGGGCAUCAGGAUGGGGAUGGGCAUGGGGAUGGAGCUGGGGACGGGCAUGGCUCCAGGAGCCGGGAACCAGGCACCAGGCUCGGGCAUGGGGUUGGGGACAAGGACGGGGAUGGUGAAGGCUCUGGGCACCGGCAUGGGGAUGGGGAUGGAGAUUGCACCAGGAACCGGGCACCGGGAUGGGGAUGGGGAUGGGGACAAGGAUGGGGCUGGGGAUGGAGAUGGCUCCAAGCUCCAGGAACCGACGUCCAGGCUUGGGCACGGGCAUGGGGACAGGGAUGGGGACAGGGAUGGGGAUGGCUCUGGGCAUGGGGACAGGGACAGGGACGGCUCCGGGCUCCGACACCCCCCCGGCCGCCCUGCGCCGCUGCUCGCACCGGUGGCUCCCAUUAAACAGGACCAAACGCUGCGUCAUGUCCUCGUGUCCCUGGGGAUCGGGGCCCUGCUGGGACGGGGGACGGGACAGGGGACCUCAGGGUCCCUCGGGAUGGGGGACAUCAGGGUCCCCCUGCCUUGGGGACAGGGGACGUCAGCCAGUGCUCCCAUUCUCCCCAGCGUCCUCCCAGUGCCCCCCAGUGCCCUAGUGCUCCCAGUACCCCCCAAUCGGCUCAGUGUCCCCCCAGUGCCCCCGACCCCCAGCCUGAACAGUCCCCCAGCCCUCCCCCCGUGCCCCCCACCCCAGUCCUCCCAGUUCCCCCAGUCCCUCCAGGCCCCCCCAUCCCUGCCAAUGUCCCCUUGUGCCACCCACCCCCCAACCCCCCCCCAGUGUCCCCAGUGUCCCCCAAUGUCCCCAGCUCCCCUGAUCCCCCCAGUGUCCCCAAUGUUCCCAGUCCCCCCCAAUGCCCCCAACUCCCCCCCAGUCCCCCCCAGUGUCCCCAGUGUCCCCCAAUGCCCCCAGCUCCCCUGA